AUGAAAUAUCAUUGUGUAGAAUAUUAUUCUGAAGAAACAAAUAUUAAAAAUACAAGGAAUGCUUGUUGCGUUAGACGAAAUUUUUUAAAUUUGUUAUCAAUUACUGGAAUUUUAUUAUUAUUAGUAGUACUAAACAAUAUAAUAAUAUGUGAGAAAGGUGAAACAAUAGAUGGGGGUGUUUAUCAUAUAUAUAGAAGAAAUUUAUCUGAGUUAAAAACUGAAAUGAAUACAGGAUUAAGAAGUAGCAGUGAAAAGAAUAUGUUAAAAAAUAACAAAGAUGAAAAAAAUAAUAAUAUUUCUCUUAGUUCACAAUGUAAUAAUAUAAAUUAUAAUGAUAUAUCAAAACAAUUAACACUGGAGGAUUUACAUAAUGUAUUAGAUAAUUUAAAAGAACGUCCAUCUGAUGAAGAUCUUCAUAACAUAUGGAAUCAUGCUUUGGGUAUAUCUAAAGAAGGAUUUCAUGAUAUGAUAAAAGAAUUAGCUCUUUAUAUAGAAGAUUAUUUAGUUACAUAUGAAUAUCAACGCUAUCAUCAUUUUCCAGGUAGAAAACCUGUAUGUAUAAAUAGUAAAUACCGUACAUGGAGAAAAGCAAUGUAUGAUAUUGGAGUUGCACUAACAUCUACAGAUAAGGAACAUACACUUAAUUUUUAUAGUUUAAUUAAAGAUGGAGCAUCAAUUGAUGAAAUGAGAAACUUUAUUUAUUCAUUUUUAAAUUAUUAUAGUACAUUAAAAAUUGAUUUAUUUAAUAAACAAAUGGACAUAUUUACAGAAAGGAUGAAUAAUCCCGUAAGAAUACGUAUUUAA